UUGAAUAGUUUCUGAACACACAAAAUCAACAAAAACAACAACAUGUCAUCGGCAGAAGACAACUUUUUACUAAGCAGUGAGAAUCUACGUGCAUCCCCAGAACUAUGGCCUGAAAAGAUUCCUGGAAGUGAUAAUUACAUAAAGACUGUUGGAAAACUUGCAAAGGAUGGCGAGAAUGGCUUGACUCAAGAUGAUAUUAGGAAUAUUUACCAGCUCGGAAGUUUACCAAAGACUGAAAUUGUAGCUGAAAUAAGACGAUUGUAUGAUGAAGGAUAUCAGUUGGGUGUUGAGGAGGCAAAGGAAGUGACGAGAGGCAAAUAUCUUAAUAUAUUCACAUCCAAUGCACCACUAUUAAAGAGGAAAUGAGCAUAAACGAUAGAUUUAGAGGUCAUUAAUAGAUUUUUCACUGUACUUUUUAUUAAAACAUAAAAUUACAUCCUUCUUUCUGCUUUCUCAAAAAAAAAAUAAUAUUUACAAAGAAGAAAAUAAUAAAAAAUACAUA